AUGGCACAUCUCUCCAAGCCCCAUAGCGCCUUAUCAAAUGCCGCGCCCAAGAAACAAAAAACGCAAACUUGGGAUCCUACAAGGUUGCUUGGAUACCAUUGCCUCGAAGAGCAGCCCAUCGAAGUGUCCUCGACUUCGAGAAGACUUCUAACCCCUGUCAAGAGGACCCCAAACCGCCUAUUUCGCCCACCCAAAAGCUCUAAGCGCAGACGCUCAUCUAACACAACUCAUGUUUCAUCUCAACCAACUUCAGCGCUCUGCGAUACCGAAGAAGACCUUGAUCCAGAAACUAUUUUCAACUCGGUUGAAUCAGAUGCGGACAAGGAAAAGCCCAACACUACGGCCGACGAAGCCUCAGAGCCAUUACCAAACAGUGAUACUGCUUCCUCUGCGGGAUUGCCAUCAACCUUCGCUACUGUUACUUUGGAUCCCGCUUCUCAGGGUGGUGCGCCGAGCACCACAAACCAGUUUACCACAACCCUCGCCAGUAGCAAGAAAAGAAAAGCUGUCCACUUUGCCGAUAGCCUCAAAGAUACAGACCCUACGCCGGCAAGAUUAAAAAGAAUCUUCCUAAGAUCACACGUAGAAAACUCCGAACAAGACCAAGAACUGCUUCACGAAUUCAGAAAAGUCGGCUCUCUCAACGACGCAAUUUGGUACACGGGCCCGACUGUCGUCAGAAAAAUCGCACGGUCUUUGAACAAAGAUCUCGCUCUCUCUCUUGUUCACACUAUUGUACCGGAAGUGCGCAUGACAGCCAGAAAUAGCAACAAGCCCCGGCCGUCUGCUGAAAAGGUCGCACUACUCAAACAAGCACUCCUCCGCUUCCUGGAUGGAAAGACCCAUAAACGGUACCUCUGCCGGGACUGCGAAAUCUUCCACUCUAUCCCCAAAAAACGAUAUGUUCCAGAUCCAGAUAAUCCCGAUGAGAAUUACAGGGCCUGUGCUUCUCAGUACAUAAUCGGCUACAGACAACUCAAGGGCCGGCCUUUCCCACUGCCAUUUCGCUUCUCGCAGAUUCAGUUUGCAAUGAAGCUCUACCGACAAGGCAUAUAUUACAAUUCUCUACUGGUGAGCCCACUCCAUGGUUGGACAAUAGACUUCUUCCUAGGACUCACUAUCAUCCGGAGCUCGGAGGUGUAUCCUGUGAAAGGGAGACUGCUCAACCGGAUGCAGCACUGGUUCCACAUCUCUCCCGACAUCGAAAAUCCGCUCUCGAAGGCAGAACUAAUCGAGGAGUGCCUAGAAACCGAUAUAACCGAAAAUAGACUGGCGGUUUUGUGUCGUCACUUGAACAAGAAGAGUAUAAAGUAUACGCUUUGGGAUUUUGAGAACCACGAUAACGAUUCCAAGGUGAGAAGAUGCGAUUUUUGCGCGCUGGAGUACCGAUUUGAUUGGUAUGAUGUUGGUAAAUAUGGCUCAGGCAUCGUCUUGACAAUCUGGAGAGACUUUGGGCAGUGCUUGACACCCUUCGAUCCUCGCUGGAUGGCACACUUCGAUGAGUUUAAAGACAAGAAAUAUAUCACCAAAUUCAAGAAGGACUUAGGGUGCGGAGCUGCUUUCAGCUCGACAGCUCAGCCAAAACCGAGGUGGCACGAUGAUAUGGAGCCCGCAGCACUGGACUGGGCUGUGGGAACGAUCCAGAAGAUGUUCGAAGGGAAUGAGGGGUUCGAUCUGCAGGAAUGCGUUCGAAUAAUGCUGGAACCUGAACGAAGGCAGCCCGCGGAUUUCGUGAGCUUGCCUGAAAGAAGAAUUGAGGGUUACAAGAAAAUGGGUUUUGCAAUGUAG